GAUGAGACUCAUUUUCUCUCCCCUCUAAUUUUUAUUUUAUUUUUUAAUUCACACACAAAAAAAGUCCACAAAUCAACAUUACAAAAACCCUAAACAAAGGUUCUUGCAAUAAGAAGGGAACUGAUGGUAAGAACAAAAGAAACCCUUUCGAUAAAUAGCCGCCGGAAUUGAUCUCAACCGUUGAAUAAUUCAUCUCCGAUCUUCUAGAACCUAAUUUUCUCUGUCCUAAAUUCCCAAAAAAAUAUCAUUCUGUUAAAGAAAAUUUUGAUUUAUUGCUGAGAUGGGUUUUGAUUAAAUGUAAGAGAAAUCUUGAGAAAUGGAGUUUGCUGUUGCUUGAUCAUCAUCCGAUCAUCAAACUCAGAUAAUCAUUUCUAUCACCCAUCUUUUCCUUUGUUGAUUUUUAAUUAACUUUGUAGUUAAACUUAAAUUAAAAAGAUUGGUUCUUGAUCAAUUAUAGUAAUAACUUACUUUUAUGUUUUUUCGUUGUUCAUGGAAUUAAAUAGCUGUAUUAAAGCUUCUUUAGGUGUAAAUAAUUUAUAUUAAAGUUUUAAGCUUUGAUAUGAUAUAGGGGUUUUUGAAAGUUUUGGGCUUUCAUAUGAUAUAAGGGUUUUAGAAAGUUUUGAGCUUUGAUAUGAUAUAGGGGUAUCAGGGUAUCUAGGGUUUGUGGGUUUGGUUUAAUUUCAGGGUUUACUGUGUUGUAGAGUGUGACAAUGUUAUCUGAAAUGGGAAGGAGACAAAUGAUAGGUGGAGAAAACGAGGGGUCUUUUGCGGAUGAAUUAGAGAAGUUGCUCCGUGAGCAGAGGCGCCAGCAAGAGCCAGCCGAUGACCGCGAGCGUGAGCUUAAUAUUUACAGGAGUGGUUCAGCCCCUCCGACUGUGGAGGGGUCGUUGAGCGCAGUAGGGGGGCUUUUUGGGAACACUGAUGCUUUUACUGAAUUUGCCAAGAGUAAGAAUAAUGGCAAUGGUGCAAUGUCUGAGGAGGAGCUAAGGUCUGAUCCUGCUUAUUUGUCGUAUUAUUAUUCGAACGUUAACUUGAAUCCUAGAUUGCCUCCGCCACUUUUAUCGAAGGAGGAUUGGAGGUUUGCACAAAGGUUGCAAGGUGGGAGCUCUGUGUUAGGCGGAAUUGGGGAUAAGAGGAAAGGGACUAAGGCUGAGAAUGGACCUGGUAGGUCUCCUUAUUUGAUGCCUCCGGGGUUUAGUUCGAAGAAAGAUGAGAGGGAGGUUGAGCCGGACAAGGUUCAGGGGUCAGCUGAUUGGGGUAAGGAUGGACUGCCUGGCCUGCCGGGUAUUGGACUUGGCACUAAGCAGAAGAGUCUGGCUGAAAUUUUUCAGAAUGAUUUAGGUCGUUCUAAUCCUCCCUCAAGACAUCCCUCUCGGCCUGCCAGCCGCAACGCUUUUGAUGAAAGUGUUGAUACAAUGGCGUCAGCUGAAGCUGAACUAGCUAUGUUGCGGCGAGAAGGUUCGAAUAUUCAGGGUUCUUCUGCCUCCCAGAAUGUUGCCUCACCUGCUUCAUAUUCCUAUGCUGCUGCAUUGGGUUCAUCUUUGUCAAGAAGCACUACACCUGAUCCUCAACAUAUUGCUAGGGCUCCGAGUCCUUGCCCUACUCCUAUUGGGGAAGGCAGGGCAGGAGCACCAAAAAAGAGUGCGGCUGGUCCAAGCUCAUUCAAUGGACUCUCAUCGGGAAAGAACGAUUCUUCUGAUCUGGUGGCUGCUUUAUCGGGCAUGAAUCUCAAGACAAAUGGUAAUCUUGACAAUGGAGAUCAUUUGCAAUCACAGAUUGAGCAAGACAGUUCUGAUCCCCAUAACUACUUAUUUAAUAUGCCUAGUGGUCAUGAACACGUUAAGCAACAUUCAUAUAUGAAGAAGUCUGAAUCAAGUCAUUUGCAUAUGCCUUCUGCUGCUCAUUCAGCUGCUAGAAGCAACAUGGGUGGCUCCGAUCUGAGGAGCCCCCAGGUUGAGCGUCCAAAAUCUGGUUUCAGCUCUGGUGUUCCAUAUUCUAAGGGAAUGUCUCCAUCCUCUAUUAAUGGAACUGGUUUGUCCCCUAAUUAUACCCAUUUAGAUGGAACUAGCGCAUCUUAUGCAAAUUAUGGCUUGGGUGGAUUUUCCUUGAACUCAACUGUGCCAUCUAUGAUGGGAAGCCAGCUUAAUAACUUCAAUUUGCCUCCAUUGCUGGAAAAUGUUGCUGCUUCAGCUAUGGGAGUCCAUGGGCUUGAUUCAAGAGUUCUGGCAGGCGGUUUACCUUCUGGACAGAAUUUAAUACCUUCUCCAGAAUCUGGUCGGUUUGCAAAUCAAAUUUCAGGAAAUGCUCUGCAGCCUUCUCUUACUGAUGCAAUGUAUCUUCAGUAUCUUAGAUCAGCUGAGUAUGCACAGACGGCUGCUUUGAAUGACCCUUCCCAUGAGAAUUACUACAUGGAGAUGAUCCAAAAGGCUUAUAUGGGAUUGUCACCCCAGAAAUCACAAUUUGGUGCUUCAUUGGGAAACAAAUCCAGUGGUUCUAAUCAUGGUUACUAUGGGAAUCAUGCAUUUGGGGUUGGCAUGGGAUAUCCUGGAAGUCCAUUGACGAGUCCUGUGAUUCCAAAUUCACCUGGUGGGCCAGGUAGCCCAUUAAGGCACAAUGAGUUAAACAUGCGUUACCCUUCUUCAAUAAGAAACUUGGGGGGUGGUGUCAUGGGACCUUGGCACAUGGAUGGCAAUUUCGGAUCGUCAUUGUUAGAGGAGUUCAAAAGUAAUAAGACAAAAUGUUUUGAGCUUUCGGAAAUUGCCGGCCACGUUUUUGAAUUCAGUGGGGAUCAGUAUGGGAGUCGUUUCAUCCAACAAAAACUUGAAACUGCUACCAAAGAAGAGAAAAUUAUUGUUUUUGAUGAAAUUAUACCUCGAGCUCUUGCACUGAUGACUGAUGUAUUUGGGAAUUACGUAAUUCAGAAGUUUUUUGAGCAUGGGUUGGAUACUCAAAGAAGAGAACUUGCUAGCAAGCUUGAUGGUCAUGUGUUGAACCUUAGCCUGCAAAUGUACGGCUGUCGUGUUAUCCAAAAGGCUAUUGAAGUAGUUGAUCUGGAUCAGAAGAUCAAAAUGGUUCAAGAGCUUGAUGGUAGUAUAAUGCGAUGUGUGCGUGAUCAAAAUGGGAACCAUGUCAUUCAGAAAUGCAUUGAAUGUGUCCCUGAAGAGCAUAUUCAGUUUAUAGUUGAAUCAUUUUUUGAUCAAGUUGUUACUCUUUCAACUCAUCCUUAUGGAUGUCGUGUGAUUCAGAGAGUUCUGGAGCACUGCAAAGACCCACAGACUCAGUGCAAAGUUAUGGAUGAGAUUCUGGGUUCAGUUAGUAUGUUGGCACAGGAUCAGUAUGGAAAUUAUGUCGUUCAGCAUGUCCUGGAACAUGGGAAGCCACAUGAGCGGACACAAAUUAUCAGGGAGUUGGCCGGGAAGAUAGUUCAAAUGAGCCAGCAGAAGUUUGCUUCCAAUGUUGUUGAAAAAUGUCUGUGUUUUGGCAAUGCAGAAGAACGAGAAAUUCUGGUAAAUGAGAUGCUUGGCACUACUGAUGAAAAUGAGCCUCUUCAGGCGAUGAUGAAGGACCAAUUUGCUAAUUAUGUCGUACAGAAGGUGUUGGAAACUUGCAGUGAUCAGCAAAGAGAGCAUAUUUUGUCCCGAAUUAAGGUUCAUUUAAAUGCAUUGAAGAAAUACACUUAUGGGAAACAUAUUGUUGCACGUGUGGAAAAGCUUGUUGCUGCAGGAGAAAGGAGAAUUGCUGGGCAGACUCCACAGCCUGCAUAGGUGGGAUAGGAAAUCAGAGUUUGUACAGCUGACAGAAGCCAGUACGCUUCAUCAUUUUCCAGCUUUUUAAAUUUUCGUUUAAGAUCUAGAGUUAUUGCUCCGCCAGUCCUUUCGAGAAGGACUAGGUUAGGGAGCCCAGGAAUAAAAGGUUGUUGCUUUUGUACUUGGGAAAAUUGUACAUUUUGUAGUUUUAAGGCUAUACAUAGAAUGAAAAGAGCUAUGCUGCAGAUGUGGAAUAUAUAUAAUGUUUGUGCUCCUGCAGAGUUUUUUUAUUAGAAAAUACUUGUAUGAGCAUACAGGGCUGUAAAAAGGAUAUGAUGGUGAAGGGUAGGCUUUUUCUCUAGUGAAAAUCGUUUCGUGACUGUACAAAUUUGAUCAUGUCGAGAUCUGUUGAUGUCCUAGGAAGCUCGGAUUUUCUUUUGUAUGGUAUCUUUGGAUUCAUGUUUUUAUCUAUUUCCCAGAAAAUUAAGAAAAGAAAGAAGGAAAAACUACAA